UCACCUCUCACUAGUUAACUGUAAUGUUGUCCUCACCUCUCACUAGUUAACUGUAAUGUUGUCCUCACCUCUCACUAGUUAACUGUAAUGUUGUCCUCACCUCUCACUAGUUAACUGUAAUGUUGUUGUCACCUCUCACUAGUUAACUAUAAUGUUGUCCUCACCUCUCACUAGUUAACUGUAAUGUUGUCCUCACCUCUCACUAGUUAACUAUAAUGUUGUCCUCACCUCUCACUAGUUAGCUGUAAUGUUGUCCUCACCUCUCACUAGUUAACUGUAAUGUUGUCCUCACCUCUCACUAGUUAACUGUAAUGUUGUCCUCACCUCUCACUAGUUAACUGUAAUGUUGUCCUCACCUCUCACUAGUUAACUGUAAUGUUGUCCUCACCUCUCACUAGUUAACUGUAAUGUUGUUGUCACCUCUCACUAGUUAACUAUAAUGUUGUCCUCACCUCUCACUAGUUAACUGUAAUGUUGUCCUCACCUCUCACUAGUUAACUAUAAUGUUGUCCUCACCUCUCACUAGUUAACUGUAAUGUUGUCCUCACCUCUCACUAGUUAACUAUAAUGUUGUCCUCACCUCUCACUAGUUAGCUGUAAUGUUGUCCUCACCUCUCACUAGUUAACUAUAAUGUUGUUGUCAUCUCUCUAGAUCUAUCCAGGUGCAGUGGAGCUGAUGCAGGUCAUCGAGGAAUUUAUCCACAUUGUUGGCCUGGGCAUGAAGGACUUCCACAACGCCUAUCUGAUGACUGGAAACUUGGUGGCCAGCAUCCAGAGGCUCCCGGCAGUGUCUGUGAUGACUGACAUCAACUUCCCUAUGAAGGGACGUAAAGGCAUGGUGGACUGGGCCAGGAACUCUGAGGACAAGGUGGUUAUCCCCAAGGGCAUCUUUCUACCACAGUCUACAGACAUGGAUGGAUCACCUGUUUUCAUCCUGGGGACAGUCCUGUACAAGACUCUGGGACUGAUGCUGCCUUCACCAAGGUAAGAUGGGCCAUACAUCUUCUCUAUCAACAUCUCUGUCUCUCUCUAGCGCUCUCUCUCUCUCUCUCUCU